ACGUCAUCAUCAAGCGACAAAUGUGUUUCUGCUCUCCCAUAGAUAAGCUUCUCUCCAUAGCUACAAUUGUCGAACAGUUCUUCAGACACAGUCGGUAACUGCUGUUAUUGAGCAUCAAUGACGUCCUCCACUCGCAGGAUGGUGUUGUCACUGUACAUGCGUGUGUUUCGCAUCGCCCGAAGCUGGCAGGCACAGAGUGGAGUUGCAAGUGAUACAGAGAGUGAGAGACAAUACAUACUUCAGGAGGCCUGCACUCUGUUCAGACAGAACCAGCAGCUUACAGAUCAAGAAUCAAUAAAGAAGUGUAUAGAGGAAUGUGUAGCAAGGAUAGAAAUAGGUCUACAUUACAGGAACCCAUAUCCAAGGGCUACAUACCUACCACCAAUGGGACUGGCAACUCAGAAAGGCAGGAAGAUGCGAGCGCAACAGCGCUUGAGGAAGCAGGCCAAGCCAAUAUACUUAGAGUCACAUGACGAGACCUGAUGCUUGAUUACCUCGCUCCUCGCCAAGAGUUCCAAGUUACCACGGGCAGGAAACUAGAGUGCAGUCACAAGCUGAUCUCAUGGGCUGAGUUGUUGCAAGCACUCAAUGAUGCAAGAACACAUGUCAAUUAGGUAAUUUUCAUUGUCAUUUUCUUACUGUAAACAGUAGCUGAAGAUUGUCAGCUUCUGUUCAGCUCAGGAAGGCAGUCAGCAUGGAGUGACCUGUAAUAUAAGAUCAAGUUGUAUAUUUUAUUUAUUUUUAUGUGUAAAAACUGUUGUGAUGUAUACUUUACAUUUUUUCACAACUGCUAAGACACAAAUAAAGUUGUAUUAAAGUCUUUUA